GUUUGUCCACAUUUUGACCAUAAAUUCAAAUCUAAACAGCUUGACUUCUGUAACCUACGUUUCUCCGUUUCGCAUAUAUGUAUACUUCAAAAAGACCACGACUUUCCAUGCCUCAAUCUCUCUCUCUAAAUUUACGCGCGAAGAAGAGAACAUGAAGAACAACCGAACCGGAGGAGGGAAAGUAUCACCUAAAUGGAUUAUCAUUUUCAGCAUCUUCAGUUUCGUCCUUGGCAUGCUCUUUACAAACAGGGUGUGGGAUCCAAUUGAAUCCGAUGGGAGGAUCAUGAGGCGGAAAGAACAAGAGACAAAAUUCGUCACCGAUGAUUGUAUAACAAACAAGGAUAAUGAUCUACUGGGAGAAGUUCAUAAAACCCAACAAGCAAUCCAGUCUAAUAGGUCACUAGGAAACUCGAUUUCAGAGCUGAAAUUGGAGCUCCCAAGCAAUCAGAAUUCAUCCAAAGAAGUGAAAGAUGAUAAUUUGAUUUCUAAUAAGACAAAGAAAGUUGAAGUUGAAGUUGAAGUUGAAGACAAGAUUGAGAGAAGGAAAAAGGCGUUUAUGGUUAUUGGGAUCAACACUGCUUUUAGUAGUAGAAGGAGACGUGAUUCGAUUAGGGAAACAUGGAUGCCUAGGGGCGAAAAGCUACUUCAACUCGAGAAGGAAAAGGGUAUUGUUGUCCGUUUCAUGAUUGGCCAUAGUGCGACAUCUAAAAGCAUUCUAGAUCGAGCCAUCGACUCUGAAGAAGCUCAACAUAAAGAUUUCUUUAGGCUUGAACAUGUUGAAGGGUAUCAUGAAUUGACUGCUAAAACACGCAUAUUCUUUUCUACUGCAUUUGCCAAAUGGGAUGCAAAGUUUUAUGUCAAAGUGGAUGAUGAUGUUCAUGUCAAUCUUGGCAUGUUAGCUACAACUCUUGGAAGAUAUCAGUCAAAACAGAGAGUGUACACAGGGUGUAUGAAAUCCGGGCCUGUUCUCUCCCAAAAGAAUGUGAAAUACCAUGAACCUGAAUACUGGAAAUUUGGAGAAGAAGGAAAUAAAUAUUUUAGGCAUGCAACUGGUCAGAUUUAUGCCAUUUCUAAUGAUUUAGCUGCGUACAUCUCCACCAAUCAGCCCAUUUUGCAUAAAUUUGCUAAUGAAGACGUGUCACUUGGUGCUUGGUUUAUUGGUCUUGAUGUUGAGCACAUUGAUGAUCGCAAUAUGUGUUGUGGGACCCCUCCUGAUUGCGAAUGGAAGGCAGAAGCGGGUAACGUAUGCAUUGCAUCAUUCGAUUGGAGUUGCAGUGGAAUUUGUCGUUCGGUUGAAAGACUCAAAGAUGUUCACAAAAGAUGUGGUGAAGAUCCCGCAGCUCUUUGGAAUGCACAAUAUUGAAAAUAUAACAAAUUAUGCUUAAAUCAGUUAGUUAGAGUGAAAUAUGAUGAGAUCCGAUUUUCUGUAACGUUUAUCUUGUGUGCUAAUACGCCUUUACUUAUACAACAAAUAUAUAAUGUUGCAGAAAAAGAAAGCAAAAAUUUUGGUUAGAUAGUGGUGCAAAACAUUUAGUUGGAUCGCUAUUUGUUUAUAUAUGAUUCAAGAAAUAGGAGCAAACGAUUUGUUUGAUAAA